CUCAUCCACAAGAAUAUUCAAAAUUUUUAGCUUUUGCCAAUUGCAAAUUAAUGUUUCCUCAUCCACGAGAACAUGCAAAAUGGAGCUAGUGGCUGGCGCUAUACGUUAGCUUUCAAGCGCGCUCUCUCUCCACCCGAAGCACCCAAAAAUGGCUUGGGCUCUCCUCUCUCCCCGACUCAACGUCCCACUCUCUCACACCACCAUCAACACCAAGACCAACUACAACAGACAGUGGAGCAGCGCCACAAGCAGAGCAACAAGGACAAGAAGAACGACUAUCAGAGCUAAUGCUGAAGACAAUAAGGACAACGACAAAGACAGCCCGGCCUUCAAUCCCUUUGGCUUUGUAACCGACAACCCAUCAAGCCGCAGUGCCAUCCAGCUUCCGGAGAACCCGGCCGAGGACGGCAAUGUUGGACAAAUGCUUUAUAGGACAGAAGACAAGGGAAAGGAAUAUGGCUCAUACAUCAAAUCUGGGAAGUUUAGAUGGUUUGUAAGGGAAACUGGAUCAGCUGAGACCCGACGUGGAACAAUUGUCUUCCUUCAUGGGGCUCCAACACAAUCUUAUAGCUAUCGAGUUGUUAUGUCUCAGAUGUCAGAUGUUGGGUUCCGCUGCAUUGCACCUGAUUGGAUAGGAUUUGGUUUCAGUGACAAGCCACAGCCAGGAUAUGGUUUUGAUUACACAGAAAAGGAGUUCCACGAGGAAUUGGAUAGAUUACUUGAUGUUCUCGACGUCAGAUCUCCUUUUUUUCUCGUUGUUCAGGGGUUUCUUGUAGGUUCAUAUGGAUUGACUUGGGCCUUGAAAAACACUAGCAAGAUAUUAAAGCUUGCAAUUUUGAACAGUCCAUUGACAGUUUCAUCUCCCGUUCCUGGACUGUUUCAAAAGCUAAGAAUCCCUCUUUAUGGUGAAUUUACAUGCCAGAAUGCUGUUAUGGCUGAGCGCUUUAUUGAAGCAGGUAGCCCUUAUGUCUUGAAGCUGGAAAAAGCUGAUGUGUAUCGGUUACCAUAUUUGGCAAGUGGUGGACCUGGAUUUGCUCUACUCGAAGCUGCAAGAAAGGUUAAUUUCAGAGAUAUCUUAAGCCAAAUAGCAGCAGGCUUUGUAUCUGGAAGAUGGGAUAAACCAGUACUACUUGUUUGGGGAAUAUCAGACAAGUAUCUGCCUCAAUCUGUGGCAGAAGAGUUUCAGAAAGGAAAUCCCACUACCAUCAAGCUUAAGUUAAUAGAAGGUGCUGGUCAUAUGCCACAAGAGGACUGGCCCGAGAAAGUGGUCAAUUCCUUGAGGGUGUUUUUCUAAAGUCAAUGCAAGAAUCAAAGCUAUAAUCUUAAGAUUGGCCUCUUGCAAAGUAUUAAUAUCAAAAUGUACUGCCAUUUGUUUAUAGAUUAUCUGUUACAUAAUUAUGCCAAACAAUGUAACUGCUCAAGAGAUUCCGGGUUUGAUCUUGGCAAUACAUGUGCAUAUAUAUUAUUAUUCUUUUCCUUUUGCACAUUACCAAAAGAAAGAUGAAUCAUGUUAAGAACCUUUGAAUUUUAUUUUUCAUCUAUUAUCUUUGCACUAAUUUCUUAUAUAUACACUAGCACUUAUGAACAGCUCCAAGGAAUUAAUAAACGUUCCUACUAGGCUACUAUUCUGAACUGUUCAAAGUUCUAGUCCCGAAGCUUUAUAUUAUGGAAGAAAUUGAAAGAAAA